CACGCUCUCGAGCGCGCGCAGGCCAGAGGCGAGGCGAGUCAAAGAUGGCGGCAAGGAAAGCGGCAUGAUGUACAGGAGCAAGAGAUUAUAUACGAAAUACUAAGUCAGUCUAGGGAGUGAAAAUGAACGAGGUGACACAACAACAUGUUUAUUUGUAGACAUUAAUUAAUACAUUCCAGCAUUUUCCCAAAGCAGGACGUUGAGUUUUUUUUUUAAGAUCAUAAAAGAAAAAAAAAACUCAUCGGGAGCAUGGCUGCACGCAGUAACCAGUACAUCUUUGGGGAGUUCAGCCCUGAUGAGUUCAUUCAGUUCUUCGUCACUCCACGCUCUUAUGUUGAGCUUCCACCAUUCAAUGACCGAGUAUCCUCCACCAGUCAGUCCUCAGGAAGUUACUGUACUCCACCUGUGCCUUACAUUGCGGACGCAGUGAGACUGCCGGUCUGUGGGGAAGAUUACCAGCACAUCCGGUUCGGUGUGGACGAGGUGAUGGCCCCUGACUGCGAGGUGAGGGACUCCCUGCAGAAGGUGUCCAGCACGCUGAACCCCCAGGCCCCCGAGUUCAUCCUGGGCUGCCAGCCCUCUCAGAAAGCCGCCCCGCACGCCCCCGACGGCCCCCACUUCAACUCCGUCGACUGCCCCGACUCGGAGCCCCCCUCCUCGGACGGCAGCCGGGUCGGGCAGGACCUGGAGGGGGCCCCGGGCAGCCUGGGGCAGCGGGAGCGCAAAAAGAAGAAAAAACGGCCGCCGGGGUACUAUAACUACCUGGAGGGCUCCGGCGGCGGCGGCGGUGGUGGCGGCUCGGCUGGCCACGGCGAGGCCGCGCUGGAUGUGGGCCUGGUGAACGGACACGCGCUCUCAGUCUCGGGCCUGCGCCCGGCGGACGGGGCUGGGGAGGACGCGUCAGUGGCCGAGCUGUGUAGCCCCGCCUCCGCCACGCCUGCGUCCGCCACCGCUGGCGCGGAGAGGACUUGCGAGAGCCCCGACGAGUCCUCUCUGGACUUCACGAGCGGGGCGGGCUCUUCCUCAGACAGUAACAACAUGGCCUCCUCCUCCUCUUCCUCGUCCUCUCACAGCAGCGGGGUGGCGGAGGGGGGCAGGACUGCUGAGCAGCCGCCGGUGCCGCCGCCCGCCCAGAGCCCCCAGCCACCAGGCAGCGGGAGGCAGAGCCCCGGCCCCGCCUCCCCGCUGCCCCCCACCACUACUGCCCCAUGCACUGUAGCGCCCAGCGCCCCCGCGGACGGCGACGGCGGGGACAGCCGGGUGUCCAACGGGCUGGCCGAACCCGACGCCGCUUCCGGCGCCGAUGGACAGAAGGACUCGUCUGCGAGCGAGCCGGAGCGGCGGCCGUCGGGAGCCGUUGAGGCCCCGCCCACAGCGGCGGAGGCCCGGUCGCCGCUCCCUCCAGCCGCUCCCACGGCAAACCCGCCCAAGUCCUGGGCCAGCCUCUUUCACAACUCUAAGCCCCUUCCGGGCGGCCCACCCGCGUACGUGGAGGUUAGAAACGUCCCGGCUGCUGUGACUGUGGCUCCGGGCACCGCCCAGACACUGGAGGGGACGAGCGAGGUCAGGGAGGGGCCAGUCCCUGUGUCUGAAGACCCCAUGGCCCCCAGACUUGCAGAACUGAUUGAAAAUGUGAAGUUGAUACACAAACCGGUGUCUUUGCAACCCAGAGGACUGAUAAACAAGGGAAACUGGUGCUAUGUCAAUGCUACCCUGCAGGCUCUGAUUGCUUGCCCCCCCAUGUACCACCUGAUGAAAUCCAUUCCCAUGUUGAACGACACUCAGCGUCCAUGCACCUCCACGCCAAUGAUUGACAGCUUUGUUAGGCUUGUCAAUGAGUUCAGCAAUAUGCCUGUGCCACCAAAGGCAAAGCAGCAAGGUGCUGGAGACAAAAUAAUGAAAGAUAUUCGACCAGGCGUUCCUUUUGAACCUGCCUAUAUCUACAAACUUCUCACUGUCAUAAAGUCGGGUCUCUCUGAGAAGGUAAACCACGUCACGGCGCUUGGCCGACAGGAAGAUGCGGAGGAGUACCUGGGCUGCGUGCUCAACGGCCUCCAGGAGGAAAUGCUGGCCCUGAAGAAGCUGCUCUGUCCGGAGGAAGAGAAGGUUGGCACACUCAACGGUCCAGGAUCCCAGCCGGGAACUGAAGAGGACAUGGCGGACAAAGAGGAGGAGGACAGCGAGGAUGAGUGGGAGCAAGUCGGACCCCGAAACAAGACGUCCAUAACUCGACAGGCAGACUUUGUCAGAACCCCUAUUUCUGACAUAUUUGGAGGUCAUAUCAGGUCUGUUGUGUACCAGCAGAGCUCCAAGGAGUCAGCCACAUUGCAGCCCUUCUUCACCCUGCAGCUGGACAUCCAGUCCGAGAAGAUCCGCACUCUCCAGGAGGCCCUGGAGGCCCUGGUGGCGCGGGAGUCUGUUCAGGGGUACACCACUAAGACCAAGCAGGAGAUUGAGAUCAGUCGGAGAGUGACCCUGGAAGAGCUUCCGCCCGUGCUCGUCCUCCACCUCAAAAGAUUUGUGUUUGAGAAGACUGGAGGGUGUCAGAAGCUAAUAAAGAACAUCGAUUACCCCAUUGACUUGGAAAUCAGCAAAGAUCUCUUAUCACCAGGCGUACGGAGCAAAAUUUUCAAAGGCCAAAGGACAUACAGGCUCUUCGCAGUUGUGUAUCACCAUGGGAACAGUGCUACCGGUGGCCAUUACACCACGGAUGUCUUCCACAUCGGUCUGAACGGCUGGCUGCGCAUCGACGACCAGACUGUGAAGGUGAUCAACCAGUUCCAGGUGGUGAAGCAGACCGCCGAACGCACUGCUUACCUCCUCUACUACCGGCGUGUGGACAUGGUGUAGUGACCGUGCGCCAACUCCUCAACGAGAACACUGCCCUGCUCCUGCUUCUCACCUGCAAGGUUGUCCUCUUUCUCCCUUGCCCCCACCUCCCGUGCUCCCCCCUCCCCCCCCCACGCAUUUUUUCCCAACAUCUCCUUUAUCCUUUUAUCCUUACGGAAGAAGAAUGAAGACACAUGAACAUUGCUAAAGUCCUACUCAAGACCGCUUCCUUGUGUCUGUGCAGCACUGCUGAGUUUUUAACCGCAAAGAGGAAAAAAAAGAAAAAAAAAAAGUUGGACGGGGUGACUGAAAGACAGCAAGCACCUGAGACUAAUUCUGCACCCCUCCCUCACUCAAACUGGGAACAUGCAUUGGCUUGCAAGGACUGUGCCAGUUGAGGCUGCAGUCAUGGGACUACUGGAAUGUUUUUUUUUUGUUUUUGGUUCUGUUUUUUAUUUUUUAUUAUUGUUUUUUUUUUUUUUAAAGAAAGGGCAGAGCAAAUAACUAGCCCUUUAGCCAAGGGAGGUGGUUUACUGGAUGAAUUUCCAGCUGUCAGUUCAGUCUUUUCUAAUUUGGUUAGUGCACAAGGGUCCUGUACCAGCAAGCAAAACUUGUGUGUUGACCGCCAUUUUUGAAUCUUCAUUUUCUUAACUUCGAGAUAGGCGAGAAGAUUGUCCUCUUCACCUCUUCGCUUCUGUUCUCUCUCUUUCCUCGCCUAUCCUUCCUAAUGUUUUUAAAUAUAGGAGACACUUCAGCAGUCCAUACAACCGCGAACAAGAGGUGCUGCUGUGUGAUGCAACAAACAGGCUUUUUUUUUUCUUUUUUUCUUUUGUGAAGAGAACUUCUGUGUGAUUUCUGGGUGUAGAAUUAGAAUAAAGAGAAUCUAAACUAUUUUAAUGCGCUUUAGGGUAAAGAAAAGGCUUACGUGCACGUAAAAAUAUAAAUUAAUAAAAAUGUAAAAAAAAAAAGAAAACUGCAUGUGCGGAUGCACAUUCUUGCAGUUAAAUAUGUUAAAAAAAUAAAUAAAUAAAAAACCUGCGUGAUGGUGACUUUAUCCCACUCUCUGGGGAGCUGUGGUGAUAAUGCUUUCUGUACACAAGCUGGAGAAAUACCAAUGAAUAUGGAGAUACUCCACUACAGACGUCUGCCUUCGUUUAUUUCACGCCUCUUUUCUUUCCCUGUCCCCAUCCCCCUUUUCCUGUGUUGGACAGAAUCUUUCACUUUGACUCACCUUGGCUGCCAGUGAUGUUUAUAUAAUUGACCGUCACGUCCCCGUCCCCCGUCCCCCCCCCUUGACUACUGCUGAAGACGGCCACCAUCGUCCUGGCGUAUGGUUGUCUAACCUUGAGUCUGCUUCUCCUGCGUGUUUGGGGUGUGGAGACUAACAUCAAACCCAGUCUGCAGAAUGUUAGAGGUGCUUCCGUUGGAAAGAAGAGGGCAGGCCUCCACUUUGUUAGAGAAACUUCACUUGAGCCCUAUGAUGAAUGCGCACAAAAAGUUCUGCCAUUGUUUCCUAAAUUUUGCUUCGUUAUCACCAUUUAUUAUAUUUAUUUGAAUUUAUUUGAAAAAGUACCAUUUUUUUCUAAAUUAUUGUUGCGUAAGAAUUUCCCCCAGUUGUUUAUCUCAAUUGGUAUGAUUUAAAUUUACCCAUGCUAAAGCACAACUAAUAAAAUUGUACAAGUACUUCAUUUGAUCAGUUUUAAUUUAUUUCCAUCUUCAGGUAUUUCAUACCAAAUUGUCAGUGUUUACAUGCAAUUAUUAAGGGUAGUUGUACCUGCACUAUGAAGGAAAUCAUUCAAAAGUAUAUUCCUUUCAAAUGCAACUUCCACAAGUACUCAUCAGCAUUUAUCCCUUUAUAGAGUGUGUAUAUUUUUGAACUACAGCUAUUACCUUCUCAUUGCUUUAUGAGCAACUGCAUUGUAUCUCCAGACUACUUGUGUGUGUCCCUAAUAGGCAACACUGAUUGAAAGACCUCACUGUCAAAUCAAUAAGUUAGGGGUGUAGGUCCUUUGUAAAGUUGCUUUUAUAUUUGUCUUGCCUCUGUCCAGAGCAAUGUUGGUCAGUGAGUUGAAGAUAGUGCCAUGUGAAAUAAGAUUUUCCUCCUUUGGCAUUGCAGCCAGAAAGCAAGAGCCAAGGAAAUUAUUUUGUACUGUUUGUUUCAUGUUUGGCAAGGGAAGGCUGGUUCAGAAUUUGAGAAAUGAUAAUAACCUCUUUCUUGAAGCAUUUGGAAACCUGUGUUCCUUUCAGAAAUUCAUUUUUAUGGAUACACUAGUAUCUGUAUCAGAAAUGUAUCUAAUUUGGGUGUUUGAAAUGGUCUCCUUUUGAGUUAAUAUUUUGUAAGAACUAAAUAACUAAAUUUAUCAUCUCUGGCAACCUUUGAAUCCACAGUCUUGUGCAGUUAAAUUUCAAUUAGGUAAGUUCCAUCUGGUAAAGAUUUAUUCUCCUGAUGCUCAAAAAAAUUACCUAUUUUAUAUAAUUAUAUAUUUCCAUCAAAACCAAAGGAAAAUGCUUUCAUUGAACCUGUUGCCUUUUAAAUGAAUCCCUGUCACCACAAUUUCAUCAAAUGUUCCCCAUAUUUGAUUUCACUUUCGUACAGGGAAAAUAAAGUCGUACCUAAUGCUCAAGCUAUUGUGUAAAUGUUGAUAUAGUCCUGUUUUUCUAAAGUAUUGUUACAAUGUACAUCUGUAACAGACAUGGACACUGCAGUAUUUGUUUUGUUUUUCAGGAGCCCAAUGGUGGGUAAACUGGCUAAAUCUCUUCGAUGCUUUUGAUUCCGUUUGUGAAUUCUAACACUGUCCGCUGACACCUAGUAGGCACUAGGGCGGAACCCGCUAUCCACUCGAGCUGUGUUGUUCAUUUGAAGCCUCCAGCUUCAUAUUUAUUUGUUAAUUGGUCAAAUAAAAUUGUGGAGAAAAUUGA